UUUUAUUUAUGAAAGUAAUAGAAUUUGUUUAUUGAAGUCAUACAGUGUUUAUUUCUAUAAAAUUAUUACUUUGUAUUUUAUUCCUUCUAUUUUUUAAAACAUGGCCAGAACAAAAGCUUCUGCUGGCGCUAAAGUGGCCUCCGGAAAAAGUAGCAAAGCAAGAUGUAGCGUAGCGGUACCCGCUAGUUCAUCAGGAUCCUCAGGUAGCAGUGACCGUGCGGCGCGCGGCGGCGGCGGCGGUGGGAACCCCGUGUGUCCGCGGGAGACCCCGAAGUGGCAGAAGCCCAUUACCACCUUCUUUAUAUGCAAGGAGCCUGCUCGCGGCUCUGAUAGUGAGGAUGAAGGUGUUGUAGCAUCUAGCUCCAAGCCUCAGGCUCCAAAACCAACAGUAGACUCGGAUGAGGAGCAGGUAGCGGAGAAACCAAUAAACAAAGAAUUGGACGAGUCUAUCGAGCUGCAGCCAUUAACAGGAGAAGACAGCCACAAAAUUGAAGAAUAUUACCCCAAAGGAGCCAAAGGCAAGGGAGUGGGCAAGAAAACUAAGGGCAAAGAAAACAUUGACGGCAAUGUUGAGAGGAGAAACUCGGCUAAACGGGAACUGGAAGAAAUCACUUUUGGGGAAGAGUCGGAACAUGCUAGUAAAAGGGUUAAAGUUAAUUAAAAUAAUAUUGUCUUCGGUUGCCGCGAUAGUUUACUCAUGAAUACUGAUGUGCCGAGGGAAAGUUUCCAAAAUUCUGAAAUUUUCACAUAGGAAAAACUUCGGUAACUUUCCACACUUUGUAUGGACAAUUGUAUGGAUGGAAACUUUUCAUUUCAUAAAUUUAAAUUCCCUUUAUUUUUCG